AUGGCACGCGACAACCUCUCCAUCCACCUGGCCGAGCGCCCCAAGGGCGACAUCAUCCCCGGCACCACCUUCUCCCAGAAGAGGACCCCGAUCCCAUCGCCCGCCGACCUCAAAGAUGGCGAGAUCCUCGUCGAGACCCUCUACCUGUCCCUGGAUCCCGCAAUGCGCACCUACUUGAACCCCGGCGGAUCCUACAUGGCUCCCGUCCCCGUGGGCGGCAUCAUGCGAGGAAUGACGGUAUGCCGCGUCCUCGCCUCCAAGUCCAAGCGCGCAGCCGCCGGCGACUUCGUAUCAGGCAACACGGGCUGGACCGAGCACGCCAUCCUGGGCGAGAAGGACUUCGAGCCCACCUCGCGCUUCCCCGGCCUGCGCGACCCCCAGGACAUGCUCUCCGUCCUGGGCCCGACCGGCGUCACCGCCUGGUACGGCAUGACGCAGAUUGGCGACCCCAAGCCCGGCGAGCUGGUCGUCGUGUCCGGUGCCGCUGGAGCCACGGGCAGUGUAGCUGGCCAGAUUGCCAAGAUCCGCGGCGCGACCGUCGUGGGCAUUGCGGGCAGCGACGACAAGUGCCGCUGGCUGGUGGAGGAGCUUGGGUUCGACGUGGCUCUGAACUACAAGGCCGCCGACUUCAAGAACAAGUUCAAGGAGGCUACCAAGAAGAAAAUCAACGUCUACUUUGACAAUGUCGGAGGACAGAUUCUGGACAUGUGCCUUGCGCGGGCCAAGGAGCAUGCCCGGUUUGUUGAAUGCGGUGUCAUCAGCCAGUACAACACCCGGGAUCACCACGGCCUAAGGAACAUCGCAAACGUGGUGAGCCUGCGUAUCCAUAUGCAGGGCUUCAUCAUUUUCGACCAGCUCAAGUACUUCCCCCAGGCCAGAUCCGACCUGAGCAAGUGGAUCGCCGAGGGUAAGCUGAAGAAGAACGAGACCAUCAUCCAGGGCGGGCUGGGGAAGGCUGAGCAGGCACUGGUCGAUCUCUACAAGGGCAUCAACACGGGUAAAUUGCUGGUCGAGAUCAAGAACCCUAAUUCGGUUGCGCCGAAGCUGUAG